CUUCGAAGCCUCCAUUUGAAUUUUCAUAUUUUAGAGAGAGAGAGAGAGAGAGAGAGAGAGAGAGAGAGAGAGGGGCCCAAGCCCUUGUUUCAACUUUCAACGCCCUUAACGCCCGUCUCCUCUCUCGUCAAACCUCUCAGAGUCCAUCCCUGCAACUUCCUCUGCUCUCCAAUUUCGCCUGAAUCUUCAAGUGAGAGAGAGAGAGAAUGAAUCGCCUUCAUAACAUCGUGAAAUAUAUAUGCCACCGCCCAAACCUGCAAGAUUUGCUUCACCACAAAGAUUAGAAAACCGUUUUCUCGAUCGAAUUCCUUGUCUCUUAGAGAGAGAAAGAUUUGGCAUAUAGUUGAAUCCGAAGGCAGCAGAGACAUAGACAGAUGGGUUCAUUGGGCAGGGCAGCGAAGACCCUGUUCUUCAUUGCUUGCAUGUCGGCCUCCUUUCUUCUGGUCUCUGCGCCCGCUCUUUUACUCCUCACCGAUACCAUCCUCCCAUUUGCCCUUCUCUCCACUUUCUCUCACCUCUCUCAUCAAUCUCUCUCCUCCUACACCUUCCGUUCCUCCCUCCUCGACAUCCCUCUCAUCUCCAUCGUCCGCUCCCUCGUCAUAACAUGCGUUUAUUCAAUCUGUGAUGGUGUGGCUCUCUCUCAUGGACCUUAUUUGGGCACGGCUACUGUUUGCUCUCUGUUAUCUAUGAUGCUUUUAUGGAUCAAAGCCCUGGUUUUUGAAGGGAAUUUGAAGCAAUUGAGAGGGGCCCCUCUCAUAUUUUUGGCCUCCAUGGUUCUUGGUUUGAGUCAUAUUGUGGUAGCUUAUAGGAUCAGUUGCAGAGAGAGACGCAAGCUCUUGAUCUUUUACAGAAUAGACCCUGAAGCAGUUCUUGGGAGCAAGAAAAAUGGCUUCAGUGGGUAUCAGAAGGUAAAGGUUUUACAGGAGGUCAGAGUUCAGUGAAGAAAGAGAGAGAGAGAGAGAGAGGGGAGAGGUUAACAUAGCAAAGGAGAUGCACCCACCUCUUCGCACGUGCCAUGACCCUUCUUAUUUUUUCUUGUGAUCCCUCUGGUGGGUGGAAUAUUAAAGAGACAAGUUGUGGGUUUAACCAAAGGUAUACCCACAACACCAUUUGCAGUAAUUGUAAAAUACAAGAGAAGAAAGGGAAUUGUAUGAUAGAUGAAUGAGUUCGAUUUGAUAUUCUCAAAGGGAGAAUAUCAUGUAAAUAUUAAAAUUAAUUGUAUAUCCUACUUUCUAACUUCCUAAUA